UCAGAAGCACCACGGCACUUUCUCGCGCAGUUCGCAAAUCUUGUCAGUGAGCCCAAAGGCAUCCUUGAGGGCAGUAAUCUCCUCCUGCACACAGACAGACAGAAGCACCCCACACCAACCAUACACAGAAGCUCGGUGGGCUCGCCCCUCACUCCGCUCGGUGUGCACCAACUAACCGCAGUGCCGACGUGAUAGAUGCCGCCCUCGAAGCCUUCCUCCUUCUCCCUCGGCCGCUCCAGCUUGGCCUCAUGGUCGUUGAUCAGCCGCUGGGCCUCCUCUUCGGUCCACCUGGCUGCAUUCAUCAUAUCAAUCAUGUAACAUAGCAACCGUGUAUGUAAGCAACCAUACAACAGACUAUGACUAUGACUACGGCUUACGUCCACUGGGCUGCUGUCUCUGAUUGCGGGCCUUGCGGCUCCUGAUGUUGCCACUGCAGACAAGACAUCCAAUCCAACAAACAGCACCACACCACACCCACACACCAACACGAAAGUCAUGCCGGCCUGUCUGUGUACUUCGUUGGUUCUCAUGGUUGGUAGGGUAUGUACCCACAUCACAUACAUGCACUGGGCGGUGUCGCGGUCCAAGAAGAUGAUGGCUACCUCGCUCGGGCCAAGCCUACCGAACCAUCGGAUGGGAUGACACACAUGCCUGCCUGCCCCACUCACUCACCCCGCCCUUCCUGGCAGCUCUCCUUACUUACCCGCACUUCUCGCCGAUAGCUGUCCACUCGCGUCGCUCAGCUGCGGUGAAGUUGACUCGAUCAACCACCACCUGAUGCCGCACCCUCCGGUCAGACAGCAGCUCACGCACCCCUGAACAAACACGACACAUACAAGUCAAUCCAUCCACCCAUCCGUCCGGCCCGCCGGCCGGUGUUUGUGUGUCUUGUCGUCCAGAAGACCCUCACCCACUUUCUUGGCACUGCUGGAGAGUCUUGAGUCUGUCGCCGACGGUGACGGUCCUCCACUCACGCUCAGCCAACUUGCGGGCUAUGAAGGUCUUGCCUGGCGAGGGACACACACAGAGAGAGAGUCGUCGAGAACCAGCCGAGAUACACACAUCUCGCUCGACGCAUCCAAUAAUCCAAUCCGCGUACCCGAUCCUGGUUUGCCCAUGAGCAGCAGCAGGCGUAUCUUCUGUGUCUGCCUGUGGUUGAGCAGCAGCUGCUUGUCGCCAUCCUCGAGCCACUCGGGGGGCGGCUCCGUCGGCUCCCUGUACGUGUGCCGCCACUCAGGCACCCCACCCUCUGCAGCUGCAGCUGCUGAGCUGGAACUCGACGGCACCGCCGCAGCAGCGGCAGCGGCAGCAGCGGCAGCGGCAGCAGCACUCUCGCCGUUCUCCUGUCUGUCCUCGAUGACACUCCGCCUCAGCGCCUCCUGGAUCACGAUCUCAUGAUGCUUCGCCUCCUCCUCGUCCAUCAGAUUGCUGCCCGUGCUCGGCCGACUCGAUCCACCACCACUGUUGCCGCGAGACCUCCCGCCCGAGUUGUUAGCGGCCGCCCCACCAGCAGCGGCAGCAGCUGCUGGUGGGGGUGGGGGCGGGGGAGGUUGCCGUGGAGCAGCGGACGGUAGAGCAGGGAAGGGGUCGUCGUCUGGUGCGACGACGGGCUGUUGGCGCCUGGACCGGGUGUUGUUCUUGUUGGCUGGCCGGAGUGCGGGGGGGAUUGGCAUGGGUUGCUUGGUGCCUUUGGUGACCUUGUCGCGCGCCUGUGGGGGGUGGGCUUGGGGCUGUGGCCUGGGGGCAGGGGCAGGUGGCUCCUCGUCGUCGAGCGACCCGUUGCACUUGACACACUUGACAGCGUCGAUCUUGUUGUGAUGCCUGAUGGACCAAGAAACAGACAGAGAGGAAACAGACAAUCCUGACACCCUCCCUCUCUGCGCAGAGUGGUGCUCACUGAACUCACUUGCAUCUGUCACACUCGAUGAACGGGAUGCCGUCCUGCUCACGUGUCUGUGAAUCGAGCAGCAUGGCCUCGUAGUCUUCGUAGUCACCAGGGUCGGCAUACAGAGGGAGGCCCUCCUCCUGCUGCUGCUGCUGUUGGUGUUGGUGGUGUUGGUGGUGUUGGAUGCCAUUGGAGCGGCUCUGUGGGGGAGGGAUAGGGGGCGGGGGAGGGGCGUGAUGGCCAUUCAAGAGGGCGGGUGAAGCAGCAGGGGGGCCACUGCAGCAAGGGAGGGCAAAGGCAGACAGUACCCAUGACAUGUGUUGGUCACUGUCUGCGCGGGUAGGUCACCUGUUGCUGCUGGCGGUGGAUGGGAUGGCUCCAGGCAUGGCCGGGGGAGGCUGGGGCGGCAGCCUCAGGACAGCCUCACACAUCUCACACCUGCAUUGCAGCACACCAAACAACACGCACGCGCCACAGAUCACGUCCAUCGGGUGACCUGUCUUGUCUGUGCCACAGCUCACUUCUCGUUCCGAUAUGGGUUAAGGAAGGUGCAUCUGAGGCAGCGCUUCUCAGUGCCCUCGAUUCGACACGUCACCUCCUCACCAGACGCAUCACCUCCAGCAGCAGCAGGGGCAGCGGAGCCGGUCCACCGACUCGAGGACGAUGGAGCGGCCGCAUUCGCCUUGGCAGACGGCUUCUUGGUUCUGCUGGUCGGUCUGACGUGCUCGGCUGCUCCUGCGUCGCCCUGAUCCUCCCGUGGGUUAUUGCACCUCUCGCAAUAAGGCAGAAAAUCCGAAUUCCUGAACCCGCAGAAGCUGCAGUCCCAGGUCGCCAUCGCGGCGAUGCUGUUCGGUGCCGGUGCUCUUCCCUCAAAAGUCAAAUGAGUGUCCG